UUGCGGCUUCGAAGUUCUGAUCAGAUAGCGAUAGCUUCUAUUACAUUUGUAGGCAUCGAUUGUACGUAGUCAAGUUAUUUCAAUCAUUUAGAUCGUUUUGAUGAUAUCGUAUCCCAACUGACCACUACUAUGUCAAACCCGUGGACGCAGUACUAUUCUAACAACUUUCAAGUGGUACCUUCUCAGUCUGCUCCUGGAUCAAGCUAUAUAUCAGCACCGAACUCAUCCACGUCUGUUUCGUCCGCCUCUGCGUCACCAAUCUGUCAGCAGACAACGAUCACAUCCAACAUCUCACUGCAGCAUAUAUAUGCAGAUGUCAAGGCAAUUCUUCAAUCCGUGGAGGCCUCUCUCGAGGAGCAGAAAAAGAUCUCAAAGGACUUGAAUGAACUGGGCACGACCGUUAAUGUUUUGGAAGGUGUACUUUGUGGUAAUCGCGGCAAGAGGAAAAAGAAAAACAAGGGGGAAAAUAUGGAUUUAGAUACGCUACAAUCGGAGGGGGGUAUGGUCCGUCGAUUAGCGACAAUGGAUGGCGCGAUCAACGACUUACUUGCACAUGUCUCUAGGUUGGACACAGCUUCCCGUCACCCUGCAGUGUGCUGCGACGCAAGCACCACCGCACGUACGCCAUCUCCUCCACUUCAAAAAGAAUACUUGGACACAUCGACGGGUACAGAUGAACCUCUUUCUGCCACCGCGCCGCCACCAUGUCUGUUGGAAUUCCGGCCCUGGUUUCCUCCCGUGCAGCGUUCUCCUAAGACACUUGCCCCCGCUAGUUGGAACACGAAACCGAACCAACUAACCCACCCAACAGCAUUCGCUCGCUCGCUCACAUAUAUCGACAAUGUUCAGCAGGCUAGAGCUUCUCCGGACUCUACGAUGUCCCCUGCCGACGUUUCCUCUCGCUCAGCGGCUCCUACUACCUUGCACGCCAGAGUCCCCAUCAAUGGGCCUGAUAUUUCGUCGCCGCUGCCAACCCCAUCUCCUGAAACCCCACUCGAGGAAAGUUUCAGCAGAGCGAACGACUCGAACUCCAGGUCUUGGACAACCCUACACCCAAGACGGGAUGAUCCUGAUAAAAACGUGGCCACGACGUCACUCCGCGCCUUCCCAAACUCAUUAUUAAACCCCAUUACACCCCCGUCUACCGAUCCAAUCCACAAACCUGCACGCACCUCCAUUCUAUCUGCAUUCCGUUCACUCGACUCCACAUACAACCCUGUUCCAUCACAUUUCACGCCUACAUUGGCCUUACCUUCCACUUCAUCGACUUCAGGCCCAAUCGCUCCUAUCGCUCCUACUCCACCGUCAUCAUCACCUUCAUCUUCUGCUCACACUGCUAACAUGCACCUCGCGAGCCCGCCCCCAACCCCCACCUCUAUACUCGCACAAGCGCACGCGACUGCGUCGUGCCACAUCCUCCCGCAGGUUUACCAGGAUAUCGGUGGAGAUAUGGAUUGUGAGGGACCGUGUGUGGACUGUGAAAUGCGACGCUAUGAACAUUACGGGCAGCAGAGCGCUGAAGAAACCCGGGAUCAAAGUACGGCUGCUGGUUCAUUGCGCGAGAUUGGUACCCCGUCGCCGGAGGCGCAACCUGGAAUACUGGGAGUCCCGCUGUCUACUACAAUCGCUGAUCCAUCGCGUAUGUGCUUUGAUCCGUCUUCUCGCGAGUCACAAUUACUUGGUGCGAAUGCAGAAGCAUCUCCCCAUCUUGACGUACAACUUGAAGGGCCAGGAGUAGAGAAGGAACUGCAGGACCAAAGCGCAACAGUUGGCUCACCGCGUAUGUGUUUGGAUCGACGUUGCGGCGAGUUGAAUCAGCCGUCGCGGUCAUUUGAAGUCAAUGCAGAAGCGUCUCCGCACUUGCCGGGAAUAGAACCAGAAGCGCAUCAUAAAGAGUUGGGAGGAGAGCUAAAAGCUACUGAGUCAGCACCCAGAGGAAGCUCAAAAAGUCGAUCGCACGCGAUCGACUUGGAUGCGCUGCAGAGGCUCAUACAUGGGCACGAACUUCCGCCGAUGCACGGGGAUGGAGAGCCUCCUGGCUCAGGACACAUGUGGACGGAUGAGUAUGGGGAAGUAAACGGGGACUUCGGUGGUCCAAGUCUAGAGGAGGGUUUGCGGCUGGGUCACACACCUGAUACUGGGGGACCAUGCGAGUCCGGACUCGAUAGCCCAAAUGAACCUGAGAAUGACGACUCUAGAGAGUGUGAGAAAGAGCAGAGCUUGCAGAUAGAGUAUGAGGAUGGAGGGAUCGAUGGGACACUCGGAGAAUCCUUCAAGUUAGCAGAAGAGCACUCUAAUGUUUCGCUCACGCCAAACGACACACCCAAGCCAGCAAAUUCACAAGACGCUUGCUCGCAAGAUUGUCGUCCAGAACAACUUGCAGACUCAGAAGGCAGCGUGCAGCCUGAAACUGCUCUCUCUGAGUUACGCCAACCAACUCCCUCGGAUCCGACAUGCCUCAAUGCCGAUUACCUGGACCAGUAUGAGGAUCUCCGCGCUGAAGACUCCCGCGAACAAACACCUGCAGAUUCUCUCUUUCGAGAUGAAGAGGCUGUCGCCGCAGCGCUCACAGCCCUAUCUCCUUCAGCAGAGAGUGGAUCCCCGCCUUUGCCGUCCUCCCCAGGGGGGUUGACUGCGUAUUUCCCUUUACAGCCAGAAUCGGAGGCGUCGUGUGCAGGAGUCCAGGGCCAAGCAGACGGCCCUUCUUCACAGGAACCGACAGAAAUUCUUGAUGACGGGGACGAUAUUUUUACGACUUUUGUCGAUUUCAUGAACGCCUACAACAAUGGAGCUACGUCUGCUCUGAGAAGUACGUAUACUGAGGACUUGGUGGAGCAAGAACCUGCAGAGAUGCAUGUGGCGCACGAACCUGCAGUGACCAUUGAUCAUCCAGUACAUGUCGAAUCCGAAACCACUAUAUCUGCCGAGCUCUCAGCCCCACUUGAACACAUGAGUUCCGUCUGUUCUCCCCCCACCUUCGCUACCCCACCCCCUAACGUGUUGCCGUCAUCUCUCUCACACCUAUUCAGGUCACUCUCCCCACUGUCCUCGCUGGGAGAGUCCUCGCUGGGGGAGUCUCCGCCGAUACUGCAAGAGGAGAUCGAUGCUGGGGACGAGGAGGACCAAGAUGAAGUUGGGGUGGAGUUACGCAGAACAGAGAACCUCAAUUCAGACGAAGACUCUGGUGUGCACCAAUGCAGAGCACGCUCGGGGUCCUCAGUAUCAGUACUGCGGCGGAAGAUGUUGUUGAGAUCACUGCGGUCUGGUGAGUUAAGAGGUGGACCAGGCGCAUCCAUCGAAGAGCUCUCUAUGCUGGCAAAGAAGGAUCCGCGCAAAAUCAUGAUCUCAGAGCUCAAGCGUAAGCUCGAGCCAUUGGAGUCAGCGAUCCAGUCACGGCCGCAAAAAAAGAAAACUAGGUUCCAUGCAGAUAUAGAUGCCACGUCAUUCAGCACAGAUGAUGUGACUUCUUCCUUCACGUAUCUAGCCCAUCAGCUCCAAUGUCAAGGUGCGGGGAAUCCAAUACCUCAAUCCUCUGAUCCUUCCGAAUCAGCGGAGGACGUGAUGUCACUCCAAGUCGAGAGCAUUUCAGCACCGAUGGAAGUAGACAGUGCCAGUGUCAUUGGCACGACGACGAUCAGCGAGCCAGCGCAGACCUUCGUGACUACCUCGGAGAUGACAAAGUCAGGGCUAGCUGCACAUGCCAAUGAGCCCUGGGAGGAUUCAAUUUCGCGCGGCAAACGGGCGAGCCAAGCCACCACCCAGAAGAACGUCCAGCAGUCUGAGAGAAACGGAAAGCCCAAGUCGCGGCGAUCACAGAAGAGAAAGUCCAAGUCGCUGGUUGUUAAGGAAGAAGCUCAGAUGUGUCAGUGGCCUGCAAAGAGCGAACAGGAUGGGUCGUUUCAACGGCAGUUCGUACAGUGUGAUAACUGCGACUUGUGGUAUCACUUUGGCUGCGCUGGUUUUUCGGAGGGAGAUCAUCGCUUGGAGGAACCAGAUUCUGUCUUCAUCUGCGCAAAACGUCAGACCCCGCGCAGGCGCACAGAAAGAUGCGCCCGUCCAGAUUGUUCAUUCACCCAACUCGAUGCAGAGGAGUUUGUCAUUGAGCGCCUAGUUGGGCGGAAAACCAUCGGGGAAGCUGUAUACCUGUUUUUGGUGAAAUGGGAGGGGUAUCCGAUCGCGCAAGCUACCUGGAUCCCUGAGGGGAGCCUAAGCGGUGCCUCGAAAGUCUUUGAUCGGUUUAUGAUAGAUGCGACGGCUGAGGGUAUUGAUCUCAACCCAAAAGGCGCUGUUCUGCUGGAGGAGGCGAGACAUGGCGGAUGGGAUAUCUAGACUGUGAAUUGCGGUCCUUCAUCUUUCUCUGUAUGCAUUUGACGACGAACACACACGAACUCGCGCGUUUUUACAUGGGCAAGGCAACCGAUGUACAUCCUGUUAACCGGGCUUCCUGUAUCUGACUAUUAGGUGCUGUAUGUAGCCUUCCGUAGGCGGCCUGUCGACCGAAUAGAAUGGAGAUUGUUCUUCCUUCCAUAUUAUGGGUGGCAUGGGG